GCCCAAGGCUGGGGCUGUCCAGCGGGGCAUGAAUGAGAGCCUCUCUUCAUGACUGCCUGCCGUUUUGUGGCAGGCCCCCUCCUUCUCCCACCUCCUCCUUGUGAAACCUGCUCUCUCCCUCUCUUCUCUGAGCUCGGCCCCUCUUGCCUGCUUGUGCUCCUGAGCUCUGCCCCUCCAGCUGGAGACGCAGGUUUAUCUGGAGGCCAGGAGUCUCAUUUGUAAGCCGAGAUCCAGAAGGAGAAGGAGGGAUCUGCUGGACCCUGGAGGAGAGAAAGGGUUUAGCUGCCCAGGAGAACUGAGGAGAGGCAGAGCCUGGGCACCAUGGCUGGAUUCUCCGCUCUUGGGCUUCUCUGCCUUUGUCAGCUAUUAGCCACAUCGUCUGCUCAGAGAGUAGGACCACAAGGCCCUCCCGGACCCCGAGGACCGCCUGGACCAUCUGGCAAGGACGGGAUAGACGGGGAGCCGGGCCCUCCUGGUUUGCCUGGUCCACCAGGGCCAAAAGGUGCACCAGGGAAGCCUGGAGCAGCUGGUGCAGCUGGAUUACCUGGUCUUCCUGGAGUGGAUGGUUUAACAGGAACUGAUGGCCCACCUGGCCCAAAUGGGCCUCCAGGAGAUCGCGGUGCAAUAGGACCUGCUGGACCACCUGGACCAGCUGGCAAAGGACUACCAGGACCUCCAGGGCCUCCAGGACCCAGUGGACUCCCAGGUGGAAACGGAUUUCGGGGUCCUCCUGGGCCUUUUGGUCUACCAGGUUUCCCAGGGCCUCCUGGACCUCCAGGACCUCCCGGUCUUCCAGGCAUCCUUCCUGAUGGCGGUGGGGAUCUUCAGUGCCCAGCUUUGUGCCCACCAGGUCCUCCAGGCCCCCCAGGAAUGCCAGGGUUCAAGGGGCACACAGGUCACAAAGGAGAACCUGGCGAAAUAGGAAAAGAAGGAGAGAAGGGUAGUCCUGGCCCUCCAGGUCCUCCAGGCAUUCCCGGCAGUGUUGGCCUACAGGGUCCAAGAGGACUAAGAGGACUUCCUGGUCCAAUGGGUCCAGCCGGUGACAGAGGUGACAUUGGUUUCAGAGGGCCACCUGGAAUCCCAGGACCUCCAGGAAAAGCUGGAGACCAAGGAAACAAAGGACCUCAAGGAUUCAGAGGGCCCAAAGGCGAUACUGGUAGACCUGGACCAAAAGGAAACCCAGGGGCUCGUGGACUCAUAGGAGAACCUGGCAUACCUGGCAAAGACGGACAAGAUGGAGCUCCUGGACUCGAUGGUGAGAAGGGUGAUGCAGCUCGCAUGGGUGCUCCUGGAGAGAAGGGCCCAAACGGACUUCCUGGAUUGCCUGGAAGAGCAGGUAUUAAAGGCUCAAAGGGUGAACCAGGCAGUCCUGGAGAGAUGGGAGAGGCAGGUCCCUCCGGAGAGCCUGGCAUCCCUAUGGCCGCUUCCAGGCACAGAUAUGCGUACCCUGCAGCAGAGGUGCAAGCCCCCCAAGGUGGGCUGUGUGGCCUAGUGAAUGCAGCAGUGGGCAGGGAGCUGGGGAAUGAAAUGACCUGGCGCUGCGGUGGGUUGUGGAGGGUGGAUUUGCUGCUCCCAAAUGGCAUGGCUGACCGUGAGAGAGGCCUGCCGGGACCCAGAGGAGCGACUGGCCCACUUGGUCUUCAAGGUCCAAUGGGAGCCCCAGGUGUAAGGGGCUUUCAGGGUCCCAAAGGUGCCAGUGGGGAACCUGGCCUUCCUGGUCCAACUGGAAUCCGUGGAGAGUUUGGUGACAGGGGUCCUACCGGCGUUACUGGUCCCAAAGGUAACCAGGGCAUUGCUGGAGCAGAUGGCCUCCCAGGUGACAAGGGAGAACUGGGUCCCUUUGGUCCCCCUGGCCAAAAAGGAGAGCCAGGAAAAAGAGGCGAGCUUGGUCCUAAAGGUGCCCAAGGACCUAAUGGGACUGCUGGUGUACCAGGGAUUCCAGGUCAUCCAGGGCCAAUGGGCUUCCAGGGAGAGCAAGGUGUUCCCGGCAUUACAGGAAAACCUGGCCCUCCUGGCAAAGAGGCCAGUGAACAACAUAUAAGAGAACUCUGUGGGGAAAUGAUAAAUGAUCAAAUUGCACAGUUAGCUGCUAAUCUGAGAAAGCCGUUAUCUCCUGGAAUGACGGGUCGUCCUGGCCCCGCUGGUCCCCCAGGUCCUCCGGGAACAAUGGGAAGCAUUGGGCAUCCUGGUGCUCGUGGUCCCCCUGGAUAUCGGGGACCAACAGGAGAACUUGGCGAUCCGGGUCCCAGAGGUGAUGCUGGUGAAAAGGGAGAUAAAGGACCAGUUGGUCAAGGUAUUGAUGGGCCUGAUGGAGAUCAAGGACUUCAAGGACCACCUGGUGUACCUGGAAUAAGUAAAAAUGGUCGGGAUGGAGCUCAAGGUGAACCCGGUCUUCCAGGGGAUCCUGGUACUCCUGGUGCUAUUGGGGCUCAGGGAACUCCAGGAAUAUGUGACACAUCAGCUUGCAUGGGAGCUGUUGGAGCAUCAACUUCCAAAAAAUCAUAAAACAACAUUACAAGAAGUGGAGAAGUGACUGAAUAUUUAAACAAACAGUGCAUUGUAAGAAAACAGAGAGAAUCCUCCUAGUGAUAAAUGGACAGAUGUUCCUUCUAUUAAAAUGAAUUAAGUGGAGACUUUGACAUAGUAAUUCAGUUCUAUGAGGGAAAAAAAAAGCAUCAGACAAAAACUUUUAUGCUUUGAAUAUUUUCUCCUCCCCCAGUUACCUUCCAGAAUCUUUACUGCUAAACUAUCUCACCUUCCCUUUCUCCCUUUGUUGAAGAGCCCUGCAAGAGGAAGCGUUGUUCCUUUUUACCAUCAUCUCCCUAACUGUACUAAAGACCAUGGCUAUUCUGUACAAGCAUUUGAGCCAACUGAAUUCCUUGGUACUGCUCCUACUGACUUCAGUUACACUAGUUCAUGCACUGAAGUCCAAACUGUUCAGUUAUUUAGGCUCCUAAAUGCUUUUUACAUAAAUGGAAAUUAGGCAUUUAAAUAUCCAAUAUCUUUUUGGACUACAGCCUAAGUGAAGAUCAUAGCCCAUGUAUGUUUCCUGUCUAUUCUCAGGCUUCUGAUUGCGCCUCAAAUAUUUGCCAAGACUAGUAAACUUCUUGCAAUCAGAUUCUGCAAAAGGUGUAAUGUAUAUAUUUUAAUUUACAGGGGAGAAUUUUUGUAUAUUUCCAAAUAAUAAUAAAGGAAAUUAAGUAACAGCAUUCUCAUGACCUCUACUUAAGCUAUUUGCACAGGAAUUGUGAAUGAAACCCCAAAUAGGAAGGGAUGCUCUUCUAAAGACCAGCCAAAAAAAACCUGUAUGAACUGUUGUAAAAAUAAAAGGAGAUUUUUUUUAACCUUUUCUUUGUGAUGCUGUAAGUGUCAUUAUAAACAUCAAUGCUUUGAUGAGCUCCAUUUUGCUGAACUGUUUUAACUAGGAUUGUUUGGAAAUAAAUUGCUGCAAAAUUGUGAAUAUCCGUGAUUUAAAACACUAUUUAUUUUGGAGACAUUUUUGUACUUUAAAACCUGUUAGCGUCAUCUAUUUAAAAAAGAAAAUUAAUAAAGCCACUCUCAGUUCACAAACUAUUCUAUUUCUGUCCUAAAUGUUGCAGUUUAUGAACAACAGAGCCAUAUUAAUCUUUAAACAUGAAAAUAGCUUGUGCCUUUAAAUAAUCUACUGUUUACAAUAUGCCACUUUUGGACUAAAGUAACAAUACAAUAAACUGUUGGACAGUUGUGUGAUAAACAUUAAAAUUAGUACUGUACGUUAAAAACAAUGCUAACAGCAUUGUAUUACUCUUGGGAGGAAUGUGUUAAAAUAUGCAUAGCAAAUGUGAA